GUUAAAAUUCUGGUAAAAAAUCGUAGAGCAUUGAAAAAUGGAAGAAGACUUUCAAUUCGAAAUCACAAAGGCACCUGGCGGUUAUACCGUCGAUAUGGACAGUGAGCGCUUGGACUGCGAGCAUAUUGAUGAGAUAACUGAGCGCUGGAUAGAUCCAAAUAGACCGUCUUUUGUAACAGUGUUGUUACGCUUCUUUGGCAAUAUAUUCGUGGACUGCUUCAGAGCGAUAUUUGCUUAAAUGAAGAUAUUGAUAAUUUUGCAUGUCUAUACAUUUCUUGGCAAUAAAAAUGUGAUGUAAAAUACUCCUAAUGUUAA